AAAAAAAGUAGGAUAAGGGGGGUUAGAUAAGAUUGGUUUAUUUUCCCACCUGGCACUUUCCAUUACAGAGAGAGCAAAACCUUAACACAUUGAUUCUUGGUUAACAAUGUCAGCUUCAACAGCUCUAAAUCUUGGUUCAUUAUGCAGUUCGGUUGUGAAUUUGCCGACCCAUUAUUCUUAUAAACCUUCUCUGCUUUUACAUGGUACUCAAUCUCUGCAAUUCUUGGCAUCACCCAAUACUGUUCUCAAGGGUUUCAAUGGAAGCAGAAAUAUGAAGAGUGCUGUUGCUGCUGUUGAUUCCUCUGAUCCUGCUGAAAAGCAAGAGACAGAAAGGAAGAAAUACUAUUUUCUUGUUGCAAAUGCCAAAUUUAUGCUGGACGAAGAGGAGCAUUUCCAGGAGCAAUUGUUUGAACGUCUUCGCCUUUUCGGAGAGCGCAACAAAGAACAGGAUUUCUGGCUUGUAAUUGAGCCCAAGUUCUUGGAUAAAUUCCCUAAUAUUACCAAGAGACUGAAGAGACCCGCUGUAGCUCUUGUUUCAACAAAUGGCCCGUGGAUCACAUUCAUGAAAUUGAGGUUAGAUAGAGUUUUACAAGAGAGCUUUGACGCUGACACUUUAGAAGAAGCUUUGGCAUGUAGUCCUGUUAAUCUUGAGUUUGAAAAGCCAGAAAAAUGGACAGCACCAUACCCGAAGUAUGAAUCGGGUUGGUGGGAGCCUUUCUUGCCCCCCGGAUCUCAAACAUCAAAGGUAUGAUUGUCGGACAUCGUCCACAAAUCAAACUCGGCAGUAGUGUUUGUUGGUCCAGCGAUGAAUAGUUAGUUUGAGAAGUUACGGAAAGAGAUGGUGGGGGAAACACGAGUGUAGGCUGUAGGUGAAGAUGUUUGUAGCUCAUCUGAAGAAUUGUACGAUAAAUGCCUAAUUUCUGUAGCUUUUGAACCCCGCCUUACGAGAUUCAGGAAAUAAAUGAAGAAUAUGGAGCAUUGAUACUUAGCACGAAAAACCAUUGUGAACAUAAAUGUAAAAGAUCAGUAAUGACCUAGCAAUUAUCCUCGAUUUACAUUUAUGUCUAUAUUAAUGUAUUUCCAGUAUUGGGUUUUCCUGAUAGUUUUUGAUGUGAAGUAAGAAUCCUUUUCUUGGUUCCUCAGUUAUUUUUAUGGUUUUA